GAUAAGAUUUAAUAUAUAUAUACCCCAGACUCAAUAAUGACAUCGACAGUUAGAUACACCACAACCGGAAUAUCCACUCGAUAGACGAAAAGCAGUUAGAUUUCUCAUCCAUCAAUUUACCCAUAAGACUCAGAGUACUGUCUUCUACUCCAUCCCAGCUAUGGCGACUAUAGAUGCAGGCUCUAUGGCGGGACUCGAAACUUUCGAGGGCAUCAAUAUCGAUUACGAAAAGGCCUAUCAAAACAACAAAUUCAAAAUCGCUUGUGUUACGAAGGCUAACUCUAUGCUCCCUUCUGGAUCCAGGGUUCUUGAUGUCGGUUGUGGAACCGGAAUUCCAGUUUCACAAAUGUUAUCUCAAGCCGGUCUAGAUGUUGUCGGCUUCGACAUAUCUCCUAAAAUGGUGCAGCUUGCUCAAAGUAGAGUUAAGGGAAGCUUCUCUGUAGCCAACAUGGCUGAGUACGAAGUUGAGGAGGGAAAUUUUUCGGGGAUCUUCAUGAUCUUUGCCCAUCUCCAGAUGUCGUACGCUGCCGUUCAUGCCGCAGUAUAUAAAUAUGCCAGAGCGCUUCAGCCUGGGGGGAUUAUCGUUUUUGGACAAUCACCAGCUGAUCACCAUGUCAAAGAAGAGUCCGCGUAUGAUGUGACUAGGACCUACGUUGAGGACUACAAUGUCCCCUUUAUGGGAGAACCGUUGCCAACAUUUUUGAUGAGCGCAGAGGGCCAAAGGAACUUUUUCCGAUCUAUGGGCCUGGAGAUCGUGAGCGAAACAAUUGAUUUAUUCCAACCAGACAACCCAAGGUGCGAUCCAGAAAUGCAGCAGUAUAUUAUUGCGAAGAGAUCAGGUGCUGGACCCAUAUCACAACCACUGCCCCUUCCUAAGGCGUAAUAGCUGCAAUUCAUCUCAUGUAUUCCCGUGGCGGAAUAGUAGUACGAUUUGAAUCAAUUACUGUCUCUACUGUUAUGAGUGAAUGAGCCA